CGGGACCCGCGUCCGGCGCGUCGGACCUCCGAGUCCGCCCGCCCACAGGGCAGCGCGCCGGACCCAGCCAGCGGGUCGGCACCCCGCGACCUCAGGAUGCCAGAGGCCCAGAGCUCCCGCCAGGACCCCAGGCGACGGAAGAAGAAGCAGCCGGUGCGCCGCACGGUCAGCCAGAUCUGCCCGCCCCCGCGGCGGCCCCUGACCGUGGCCGACAUCCGGCCGGGCAUGGAGAACGAGAGGCUGGGGGUCGUGCGGGAUUCCAUGUUUCAGAACCCGCUCAUCGUCAAGGCUGAACUUGGGAAGCCCCGAGAAAGAAGUUGCACUCUGCCUGGGAUUGAUUUCAAUUACGGGCUCUACGUCCGCGGGCUGGAUGGAGGGGUCCCCGAAGCCCUCGGACACUGGAAUGUGUUUAGGCAGCAGCCCACGUGCCCCCACGAGCUGACCCGGAACUACAUUGCCAUGAAUCGCGGGGCGGUGAAAGCCGGCCUGGUGACCGCUCGGGAGAAUUUCCUCUACCGCCAGCUCAACGACAUCCGCAUCAGUGACCAGGAUGACCGGCACGUCAAGAAGGAAAUGCCCUCCCUCCCUCCAAACAUGACGUUUGGGGUCGUGGCACGGCCUUCUACCCCUUUCUUUGACCUGCUUCAGCACCGGUAUCAGCAGCUCUGGGUGCAGGAACAAAAGGCCACCCAGAAAGCCAUUAAACUGGAGAAAAAGCACAAGGUGAUCCUGGGGAAGCUGUAUGAGACCCGGAGCAGUCAGCUGCGAAAGUACAAGCCGCCCGUGAAGCUGGACGCCCUCUGGCAUAUGCCUCAAUUCCAGAAGGUGCCCCCCCGUCUUGAUACUUUCUUCACCGAGGCGGACCGCCAGAGAGCAAUCAAAACCCACCAGGAAGAGCACGCGGUGCGCCAGGGGACCCUGCGGAUGGGCAACUACACCCACCCCUAGAGCCUUCUUGACACGUAAGCCAGUAGCAAGGACCAGCGUCACCCUCUUCCGACGGCGUUCUGACCCGGACGCUCUUCGAGGCACAUUACCUUCUCUGACACGUCCCCGCCGUGUCUGUAUGAAGCCGGGCACAUCCUCGAGGUUUUAAAUCCCUUUUCUCGUCUGAAAAUUCCAACGACUCCUCUUCAGCCCAGAGCUCUCCCCGGGAUUUCAGACUCACUUACCCAACUGCCCGCUUGACGUCUCCACUCAAGCGUCUGCUGUUCGCUGCAAACCAACACAGACGAGACAGAGCACUUGACCUCCCUUUCUCCCCACCAAACUUGCUUCCCCCUCCGUUUUUCCCUUCUCCUGGGCGACACCGCCAUCGACGUGCUGGAGUGUCCUCUCCCACCUCGAGUCUAGCAAGCAGCCUGUCAACGCCUCUUCCAAAACAUCCCAACCUUUCCCCUCCCAACCAUAUUCUCCACAGAGUAGCCCCUUAGCAUUCCAGCAGCUUCCGUCGCUCUCGAAGGAACCUCCACACCCCUCACCCGGCCCACGGCCCUUGCUCCUGCCUUACGCUUUCUGUCUGCUUCCACUUCUCCCUGGAACACCCGGGCCCCCGACUGUCACCUGCCCAUCGCUUCCUGUCAUCCAGAUCUUAGCGCCAACAUCAAGUCCCCUGCACAAAAGGUCUUCCGUGAAAUAGCCCCCAGUAAAACUCA